AUGGAGUUGUCUACUAAAUGUACCUAUUUGUUUACAUGCAGGACAUUUGGCAGUGGAGUGGUGCGUCCGUUUAACGGGGAUGCGUACCAUGUCAGGACGUCCUGUUCCUUCGUCGUCACACGCUUCACACACCAAUCAGUGCAGGUUGACGUCACCGCCCAGCGAGGACUGGGAACCCUGCUGACACGCGCUGAGAUAGUCAUCAACAAGAUCAGGACCGUCAUCGACCAGGACGGACACAUCACUGUGGAAAACCACAGGGUGUCGCUGCCGUACGACCACACCUACCAGCACAUCUUCCCUUACGGAGCUUACACCAGGCUGAGCAGCACAGUGCUGCCCCUCACCAUCACCUGGCACAGCAGCAGCCAGGGCAUCAGCUCCCUCUGGGUGCGUCUGGAAGGAAACAGCAUCAGUGGGAUGCAUGGCCUGUGUGGGGAGCUAAACACUCCAGCAAAUCCUCCAAAGUUAAUCUCUGAGGCCGUGUUUGAGGAUGACAUGUGUGUGAUUGAAGAUUCACUUGAGGCCUACAACAUGAAGUGUGCCGAGUUCAUGUCCCAUGCCAUGGCUUGCCUGGGGAUGGAGUCGGAGGCCUACUUCCACCUGUGCCAGAAGAAUGCCUACGGCCAGCCAAACAGCUCACCUGUCACCUGCUCCUUCUACUGGCAAGUUGCGCUCAGGUGUGGCCCCGCCAGCAGCCUCUGGGGGGUGUGGAGAGAAGUCACCAACUGCUCGAAACCUGAGUGCCCUGGUGAACUGACCUAUCAGGAGCUGGGAAAUGCCUUCAUUCCGACCUGCUCUAACCCAACCCCCAGAGCCAGUGGCCAGGACAUGACCAGCACCUGUGUGUGCCCAGAAGGUCAGGUGCUGAAUGACUAUGCUGAGGGCCACCAAUGUGUGAGUGUGUCAGCGUGCCCCUGUGUCCACAACAGCAUCACCUAUCUACCAGGAUCCUUCAGAAGAACCAAGUGCCAGACAUGUGAGUGUACAAAUGGGAGGUGGCAAUGCUCAGAAGACAUUUGCCCUAAGACAUGCUCCAUCGAGUCACAGUUCGUGAAGACGUUUGAUGGCAAGCACUUCAGGAUUCCUGGCAGAUGCAGCUACGUGGCAGCUCAGGGCUUGAACUGGACACUCACUGUACAAUUUUCGGAGCGAGGCAUCAAACUCCAGAGGGUGGAGUUUUCUGUUUACCACGAGAGCUAUGUCUUUUCCCAUUCAACAGUGAUGUUUCAGAAUCAAGAAGUGAAAGAUUUUCACCAAACUGCGCUGGCUACCGUGUUCUGGCAGUCCUCCAUGUUUGUUCAGGUGAAGUUCCUCUUGGGCCUCUCCAUUCAAGUGCAGAUGUCCCCAGAAAUUCAAGUCUAUUUGUAUUUACCAAAUACACAACGGGGGACCACUGAAGGCCUUUGUGGGAACUUCAAUGGAGAUUCUGGAGAUGAUUUCACCACCAGCAGUGGAAUAGUGGAAAACUCCGCCGAACCCUUUGCCCUCUCCUGGUCUCUUGGCGCCUGUACACCUGACAUUAACCCGAUCUGCAUGGACAUAGAUAGUGAGAUCUUUGCUGAUGAGCGUUGUCAAGCAAUAAGGGAUCCUGCUGGUGCAUUCAGUUCCUGCCAUGCCCAUGUUCCAUACGAUCGUUACUACCAGGCCUGCGUCAGCAAAACAUGCCAGUGCCAGUCAGGACUCCACUCGUGUCUGUGUGUUGCCCUUGGCAACUAUGCUAAAGCCUGUGCUUCCGUAGGCGUGGUGGUAGGCGACUGGAGAAACACAACCGAGUGCACGGUGACCUGCGUGGCCAACCAGGUGUUUGACUAUGCCACACAGGUGUGCAACCAUACCUGCCGCUCCCUGGCGGGUCCCGACCCCACCUGUGACCUGGGCACAGCGGUGCCUGUGGAGGGCUGCGGAUGCCGUGAGGGCAGCUACCUGAACGACCAUGGCAGUUGCAGUCCUCGCUCGCAGUGUCAAUGUCACCACACAGGGGGCACCACACCACCGGGACCGGCACUGGUUGACGGCAGGGCAUGUUACUGUGAAGAUGGGAAGCUGAAUUGCUCAGAGGCCUGUGCUUGUGAAAGUGGCCAUGUGUGUGUGCACUGUGGAUACUUCCCUAUAAACACUGCACUGAAAACGUGUGAUAGCCUAAGCAAGCCUAUGGGCUCCAGUGAGGUGUGUGUGACUGGCUGCUACUGUCCUGACGGCCAGUAUGAGGACCAUAACGGGGUGUGUGUCUCUGCUGGGAACUGCACAUGUGUGUUUAGUGGACGCGUGUACAGACCUGGGGAGACAGUGAACAGCAACUGUAAAAGCUGCACUUGCACUGGAGGGCGCUGGCACUGCAGUGGGGAGCCGUGCCCAGGAAGGUGCCAGGUGUUUGGGAACGGGCACUACCAGACCUUCGACCACAAGUGGUUCCGCUUCGAUGGAAACUGCGAGUACACCCUGGUGGAGGAUGACUGUGGCAGUGGGAUGGGUACAUUUGCCGUCAGAGUGGAGAGCAUUCCCUGCUGUGAUGAAGCACUCACCUGUUCGCGUGCUAUCUCUGUCGACCUGCAUGGAGUGUCUCUGGUUUUGUCGGACAUGUCGGUGCAUCUGCUGGCCUCUAACUCCUCCUACUCUUCAUCAGAGCUGCGGUACUCUGUGAGCAGUGUGGGCCUUUACACAGUGGCUUCGGCCCCACAGCUAGGGCUAACUCUCAUCUGGGACAAACACACGCGCCUCACCGUACUGCUGGAGGCCAGGUGGAGGGGAAGGGUGUGCGGUCUGUGUGGAGACUUUGACUCCAGUGAGGCCAAUGACCUUCAGAGCCGGGGAUCACUGAUGUUGUCCAGCUCACUGGAGUUUGGAAACAGCUGGAAGACAGGCACGCCACCCUGCUCCGAUGUGAGGAACGAGACCUUCCCCUGCCAACGUCACUCCUACUGUGCCAACUGGGCACAGAGACGCUGCAUGAUAAUCACCGGGGACGCAUUCAAGCAGUGCCACCUCAAGGUGGACCCUACUCCGUACUAUGAGGCCUGUGUUUUGGAGGCGUGCUCUUGUGAAUUUGAGGGCAAGUUCCUGGGAUUCUGCACAGCUGUGGCAGCCUACGCUGAGGCCUGCAGUGAGCAGGACGUCUGCAUCCACUGGAGGACUCCAGAGCUGUGUCCUGUGUUUUGUGACUAUUACAACAAGGAGGGGCGCUGCACCUGGCACUAUGACCCCUGUGGAAAAGCCAAGACCUGCAGGAAUGAUUAUUUUAAGGGGAAACUGGAAGGGUGCUACCCAAGGUGUCCAGCAGAGGCACCCUACUAUGAUGAGAACACAGAGGACUGUACCACACUACAGAAUUGCACCUGCCUUUUCAAUGGCACAGUCUUCAAUCAUGGCACACAACUGAGAAUGGCUACUGAGAACUGCACAUGUACUGAAGGAAAGAUGCACUGUGAAUCACCACCACCACCAACUACAUCACAGCCCACCACGAUUACCAUAAUGCCACCAACCACACCAUCAACCUCUCCGACCACUACUACAAGAGGAACAACCAUCAACCACAACCGUAUCUGUGACAACGUCUGUAACUACAACUACAAUGGCACCCUCCACGACCACAACAACAUCAACAACAACACCAAUGACUUCAAACUGGCCGACCACAGAGACAGCAACAACAUCCUCAAGGAUAAUAACAUCCACCGCUCCACCAUCAACACCUAUAAAGACAACAUUGAUGACUACAACCAAUCCUACUACCACUACUCCAUUCAUGACCAGAGGACCAUCAAAUCACACAGGGCCUCCAAAUCAGACAACAGUUCAACAAGUCAUAAAAACAACAACUUCCCUGUCACCCACAACUGCAAGAGAACCUACAACUUCAACUACAGGAACAAGGCCCACCACUCAGUCAACAAUUACUUACAGAACUACCUCUACUCCAGAAUUCUCAACACCCACACCAUCUACCUUGGAACCAACAACUGCUACUUCAACAACUUCAACAACAUCAAGAUCUACCACUCAGGCUUCUCACUCAUCAACUAUGGGGCCCUCAACUGUAGCAGUAUUAACAACUACUGUAGAACCCACAACCACUACAACAACAACUACAGAAACAGCCAGCUCCACCACUUUGUCAACAACUACUACCCACACUACCACUACUUCAGAACCCUCAACUGCAAUAGUACCAACUACCGUAGAACCUACAACUACAACCACUACAACAGAGGGAACAACAUCUGUGGCAUCAAGUACCACCACUACCUUAUCAACAACAUAACGACAACAGCAGCCCCAACAGAGCGUACUACUGUAAAGUUCCCCACCACCACCUUUCCAACCCAUUCAACUAAAGAAGCCACAACAACAAUACACAUGUCAACAACUACUACCAUGAAUCCAACCACAGUAGCUCCAUGUGAGUGCAGGGACGUGCAGAGGAAUGCGAGCUGGGCGUGCGGGGACAGGUGGACAGAGGACUGCCUCCACAAGCAGUGCCACAACAGCAGCAUCACAAUGACCCAGGUCACCUGUCCAGAGGUCCCGAUGCCUGACUGCCCUCGCAAUCAGAUGGUCAAAGUCACUGAGGGAUGCUGCCCCAUUUACAAGUGCAAUUGUCGCUGUGAUGUGUAUGGAGACCCCCACUACAUUUCCUUUCAGGGCACCGCCUAUGACUUCUUGGAGAACUGCACGUACACACUGGUGCAGGAGCGGUCGCCGCAGCAACGUGGCUUCAGCAUCGUGGUGGACAAUUACUUCUGCAUCCCCUGGCUGGCCGGCUCCUGUACCAAGGGCAUCAUGAUGACCCUCCGCAAUCACACUGUCACGCUGGGCAUCAACACAGCUCAAAACAGAGUAGUGGCUACCCUGGACCAGGAGCCAGUGCGGCCCCCCUAUGAGGAGGAUGGCAUCCGCUUCGAGACCACAGGGCUACUGGUGACCGUCCACAUGGAAGAGAUCCGCUCCUUCGUCUCCCUCACGCCCUCCAACACACUGGUGGUCAACCUGGCCAUGGAACACUUCCUCAACAACACUGAGGGACAGUGUGGAGUGUGUGGAGGCAGCUCGUGUGUGCGCCCUGGUGGUGUGAUCGAGGAUGACAGCUGCUGCUCAAAGACGGCGUACGACUGGGUCUACCCAGACUCCCGCAAGCCGUACUGUACGUCAGCACGACGCAAUGUGCCCUGCCGUGACCCCGACUCGACCCCACCCCCCUGCCCCACCCAAAUCCAGAACCAUCCCAUCUGUGAAAUCCUCAGACUACCUGAGUUUGCUGAGUGUGGUGAGGUUGUGGACCUGGAUGUCCUGGUGGGCAGCUGUCGGUUUGACGUGUGCAGCUCCAGGAUGCUCAACACGUCCUGCUCCGUGCUGUCCCAGGCUGCCGAGGAGUGCAAGAGACGCGGCUACUGUGUGGAGUGGAGACACCUCACCAUGGGCAUCUGUGAUGUGUCGUGUCCGGAUGGGAGAGUGUACCAGGAGUGCCGUGGUCAGCUGGACUCCUACUGCUGUGGAAGUCUGUCGGUGCCUGGCCGGCUCCUGGAUGAGAUGGCAUCUGGCUGCUUCUGCCCUGAGCACCAGCUACGAGCUGGGGAGCACAGCGAUGUGUGUGUGGACACCUGCACUGAUUGUAAAGGUCCCCAUGGAGAGCCCAAGCAGCCAGGGGAGACGUGGGAGUCUGAAUGUGCCGUCUGCACCUGCAACAAUCGUACCAAGACCACCGAGUGCCAGCCUAGAGCCACGCUGCCUCCCCCCAUCUGUGCCUCUGAUGCCAUGCUGGUGACUGGCUGCUGUGGAGCCCAGACCUGUGUGGAGAAGACAUGUCAAUACAAAGGAGACACAUAUCAGCUUGGGGCCCACUGGUCUGACCCCUUAGAGAGGUGUGUGUCAUUUAGCUGCACCGACAGUGGCACUCUGAUGGAGAGGAAACUGUGUCCCCGGGAGACCUGUACUGAGGAGCUUCGUAUCUGGGACGCAGAUCACUGCUGUUACUCAUGUAAGUGCAGAACCACUCUAGCCUGUCAACACCCCCCCACCACCACCACCACCACCAUCAGCUAUACCAACAGUGACCGCACGUGUGGCCUUCGGCUGGCUCACGUCAACCUGACAGUGGAAUCCUGUUUCGCCUCCGUUCAGCUGCCCAUCUGCGAGGGGGAGUGUGGACAUCGCUCGGGGUGGCUGGCAGAGGGCGGGGUCUUGCAGCUGGAAGGGGUGUGUCCUCUGUGUAAGGAGGACACAUCUGAAGAGCGCGUGGUCUACCUGACCUGCGAGGGACACACCCCCAAGCCGUUCCACUACAGACACAUCACUUCCUGCCGCUGUGGCACAUGCGCAGUGCAGCCAUGA